AUGGAUUGUUCUGCCGCUUGCCCCUGCUUGAGAGUACAAAAUUGUAUGAACGAACCCAUUGGCCGUAUACUGCAUCGUGCUACCCAUCCAGUUCCAGACAAAAACGGCUCCAAAGAGGGGAAGCAUAUCCGCAAUGGCUACCCCUGGCCUGCAGAUGGACGAGCUAGCGACACUCGACGGCCAGAAAAACGUGAGGCUGCCGCAGCCCCGGCUCCCCAUGAUGCGCGCGGUCAAGCUACCGGCGCCAGGCCACUAUUCCCGAACAAGCCUCUCUUUGACAGCUCCGACCAAUGCAAGGCGGCCUUUGCGCAACGUGGACGGGACGCCUGGGGUCCCGAGCUCUGUGAACGACUCCGAGCGAACAAGGGUCCAGGCAGGAUCGCGGCACUAGACAAGCCCUCUUCCGAAUCAGCCCAUCCGGCAGGACUCUACCCUGACAGCUCCUCUAUCAUGGGAGGACCUGACGCCUGGCUGGCAUACGAGCAUGUCACCUACCAUCUGGAAAGCGGCGAGUCGUGGUUGGGCAAUCGGUCUCCGUCCCAUUAUCCCAUAAUCGUGCCGCUUGCAUGCACCAUAUGGCCCUAG